UUCCGGAUCCCAUUCUUCCGGAUCUUCUACAGCACCACAUAUACGGUCCUCUACAUCGUCACCCUCCUCUUCCUCGCCAUCGCUCCCGCCUCGCUCAUCUGGACAGCAAUCACCAACCAUGCCUACCAGUACACCUUCAUGAUCGGCGGCGUCUAUGUGCUCACCGCUCUGACUGCCAUCUUCAUUUACUCCUCCCGGCUCUACACCAACCGCACCGUACUGGCUGCGGUUGGCAAGCCAUACAUCCCUAUUGAGGAUGGAGAGGUGGGGAGUUCGGUCCGGAGGAUGAUUGUGAAACAGCUUGAGAGGAGUGCUAUCGUGAGCUGGGAGUCACGGCCUAGAGACUUGGUGGGCGAGAUCGUGGAGGCAGAAGUGGAGGGUAUCUUACCACCGGAAACAAUGAGUGUAGGGCAUAAUGACUACACGGUUGGCAGGGUUAUCACAGUUGAUCCGGCAAGGCCGCCCUGGGGCAGAGUACGCCAUCCGGGUUGGAGUUCGCCAAGUCACGCGGACGAGAACAAAUACCCUAACGUACAAUUCGCGGAUGUCGUUGAGGAGCUACCCAACCUCGUAGAGGCAAGAGCAGUCUCACUGGCGCCGUCGGACCCAUUGACGACGCCUAAAGAUGGACAGGUGGUGGCAGAUCCUGCAGUUGUAGAGCUGCUUAGCCGCCCGCAAACGAUGGGCAUGCGCGAUUAUCUGACGCAACUGUCGUACCUCGGUCUUGUCAACCCUCCAGAAGUCGGAACCUCCUUCCUACAGCAGUACGAGCAUUCCCGCUUUUGCGGCCGCCCAACGUCCGAAGACGAGUUUGCGUCGCUCAUGUCCUCCUUCUCCGAACUAUUGGCCGGAAUGACGGCGCUCAACCCAGCCAUUGUUAAUCAGAUCCGU